GCUCAGAUUUGGGGUUCUUGACUACGGACCGAAUGGCGAAGUCUCCUUCGUUUCUCUCCGCAAAGGCCGUAGGAUCAUUUGCCUAUCUUACAAUCAAAGAUAGAGCACCACAGAUCUUGACUAAGGCAAUUGACACAUUGCAUCGACACAAAAAUGAAUUUUUUGAGAAACAUGGAGAGGAAGGUGUGGAAGCGGAAAAGAAAGCUAUCUCUCUUCUUUCUAAAUUACGGAAUGAAAUGCAAACAGAUAAACCAAUUGUCCCCCUGGUUGAGGACUGUGCUGAUACUGACCUUUGGAAUCAGCACCUAGAGUACCAGUGCAGUCUUUUAAAUGAAAGCAACGAACAGCCAAGUUGGUUCCGCUCACCAUGGUUGUUUGUGGAAUGCUACAUGUACCGUAGGCUUCAUGAAGCAGUUAUCCAGAGUCCACCAAUCAAUGACUUUGAUGUAUUUAAAGAAUCCAAAGACCAAAAUUUCUUUGAGUCACAGGAAUCUAUCACUGCUUUAUGUACUUACUUGCAAGAGUUGAUAAGAACUAUUGAAGACCUAGAUGAAAAUCAGCUGAAAAAUGCAUUUUUUAAACUUUUGCAGAUUUCACUCUGGGGAAAUAAGUGUGAUUUAUCUUUAUCAGGUGGAGAAAGUAGUUCUCAGAAGACCAACGUAAUGAAUUCCUUGGAAGACCUAAAACCUUUCAUUUUAGUCAAUGACCUGGAACAUCUUUGGUUGUUGCUUAGUACAUGCAAGAAAACCAGGGAGAAAGCAUUGUUGAAUAGAGUGUCUAUUAUUCUGGACAAUGCUGGGUUUGAACUUGUUACAGAUUUAGCACUAGCUGACUUCUUGUUGUCUUCUAAUUUGGCCACUGAGAUUCAUUUUUAUGGGAAAACUAUCCCGUGGUUUGUUUCAGACACUACCAUCCGCGACUUUAAUUGGGUAAUUAAACAGAUGAAGCACUGUAAUCGUAAGUGGAUGUCCAAGUGCGGGCUUGACUGGGAAAACUACCUCAAAGUGGGUAGAUGGGUUUACCAUGAUCAUAUGUUUUGGACUCUGCCUCACGACUACAGUGCGAUGCCCCAGGUUGCCCCUGACUUAUAUGCUGAGCUACAAAAGGCGUGUUUAAUUUUAUUCAAGGGUGAUUUGAAUUACAGGAAGUUGACAGGGGACAGACAAUGGGACUUUACUGUUCCGUUCCAUCAGGCUCUGAAUGGCUUCCACCCCGCACCACUGUGCAGCAUCAGAACAUUAAAAGCUGAGGUUCAGGUGGGUCUGCAGCCCGGGCAAGGGGAGCAGCUGGCGGCUUCUGAGCCUCACUGGCUGACCGCUGGGAAGUACGGCGUAUUUCAGUUUGAUGCUCCGCUCUGACUUGGCUUCGGGACUCCCAGAGUGAGGAACGUGGGGAAGCACCUUUCCCUCCCCGGAAAAGCAGUGAGUGAACUGAGUCACGGACUGCACUGCUUUAGCUCUAGAAAGCUUGGCUUCUCCGGGUUCUUCUCCAUACACUCUGGGUGGUUUCUCCUCGGAAUAUUUUGCCUCACUGCAAUGUUUUGGAAAUAGAUGGUUUUAAGUUAGUUACAGGUUUUACAUUUAUGUUGGAAUUUUAGUAUCUGUUUCACAUUAAAUGCAUAAUUUCAAGAGAUUUUUUACUUUAUUUUUGGUACCGGGGAUUGAACUCAGGUCCUUGCGCUUGCAAGGCAGGCCAC